AAAAAAAUGGGGAAGGAGGGAGGGGCACAGAAUCCCUGGAUCCAAGAAAGAAACAGCUAAGGCUAUCAUGUGUUUGAGCAGAGAUUGCUUGUUAGUGUGAGAGAUUGAUGGAUCAGAGGGUGAAUGGGAGUUGUUUUUGGAAAGGUGAGAUGGGAUGGGAGGUUGAAUUUCGAUCAGUAGUAACACGAUCGGGAUUCGAAUUGGAGACCUUCGGUUUGAAAGUAAUUAGACUGUUUUACUGUGUUCGUGCAAAUGGAAGAGAGUUUUACUAGAUGGGGGUGAGUUUUGUUUAAUUUGUCAGGGCGUGGGGAGAAGAUGGAGAUGGAGAUGUGGAUAAACAAGCACUAGCUACUGGUUAGCAAUGGGGAAAGAAGUAAAAAAAGAAGAAGACCCAAGGAAGAAGAAGAA